AUGGUGGCUGAAUGUAAGGCUUUGAUCGCAGGGCUGAACGCAGCUAUUGAUUUGGAAUUGAAGCAACUUUGUUUUUACUGCGAUUACUAUUCGCUUUAUCAAUUUGUAACUGGUAGAUGGCUGCCCAAGAAGCGCAAGGUUGCCGCUCUACUCAGACAGAUAACUCAUCUUCAAGCACGUUUCGACUCUUGCUAUCCCAGGCUCGUGGCUCGACAUGAUAUCAAAUUUGCAUUCAAACUAGCCAGAGAGGCAAUAGUUCCUCAGAUCACACAAACUGAAGAUCCUGUCCCAAUGAAGCUAAAUGAGACUUGUGUUAUUUGUUAUGAGGAUUGUGAUGUUAAUAGGAUGUUUGCAGUUGAUGGCUGCUUGCAUCGGUACUGCUUUUCUUGUAUGAAACAACACAUGGAAGUGAAAUUACUUCAAGGUUUGGUGCCAAAGUGUCCGCACAAGGGUUGUAUGAUCGACCUCAACGUUGAUAGCUGCACAAAAUUCUUGACACCUAAAGAUAUGGCUACCAUGCGCCAACAUCUUAAAGAGGCUUCCAUACCAGUUUCUGAGAAAGUUUAUUGCCCAUAUCCGAAAUGCUCGGCUCUAACGACAAAAGGCGAGGCCUUGGAAUACACUAGAGAUGUUAUUGGUAGUGCCAACCAAUCUGGAUUGAGGAAAUGCAUGAAGUGUCAUGGUCUUUUCUGCAUCAACUGCAAGGUUCCUUGGCAUAAUCUCGUUUCAUGCAGUGACUAUAAAGGGUCAAGUAAUCUGGAAUUAGAAGAUGUGAAAUUGAAGUCCCUGGCAUCGACGUGCCUGUGGCGCCAAUGUGUGAAAUGUAAUCACAUGAUUGAACUUGCUGAAGGUUGCUAUCACAUGACUUGCAGAUGCGGUCACCAGUUUUGCUAUAAAUGUGGAGUGGAAUGGAAAGUUAAAAAGGCGACGUGUUCUUGCCCGCUCUGGGGUGAGGAUUGUAUCUGGAAUAAUGAUAAUAAUAGGGAAUUGGAUCUUGAUGGUAUAUACUUAGAUGAAGAAGAAGAAGAAGAAGAAGAGUUUUAUGAUUCAGAUGAUGAACAUUAUUAUAUUUGA